AUGGUGGAAGCGUACUAUCACGACAACGACGACUCGGUCGACUUCAGAGAGCCUCACAACUCUGGCGAGGCGCUCUCCCUGGAGCAGCUCGCGAAUAUCGGGGUCAUAUACAAGCAUUGCCCGACCGAGGCGGAGAUGGACAAAGUCGCUCUGGAACGGGGCUACAAGAAUAGAGACACCGUGCGCAUGUCCAGCGAGACGCUGGGCGACCAGCUGCUGCCAAAGCUGCGGACCUUCUACACCGAGCAUCUACAUGAAGACGAGGAGAUCCGGUAUAUAAUAGACGGCGAGGGCUACUUUGACGUGCGCAACGAGCCCGACGAUCGCUGGGUCCGCUGCAAGCUAGUUCCUGGGGAUCUGCUUAUCCUGCCCGCCGGCAUCUACCACCGCUUUACACUCACGACUGACAACUACGUCGCUGCCGUGCGUCUAUUCCAGGACGAGCCAAAGUGGAUCGCACACAGCCGGCCCGACGCUGACGGCUUCCCCAUCCGCCGCGAAUACCUGUCUUCCGUACAGGCCAGCAAGUAG